AUGGCUUCUCCUUCUUCCAAUCCCUUCCUCCUUGCUUUUAUUUGUCUGGCUUGCUUCUUAUUAUUCUUCAUUGAGAGCAAACCCUUUGUUUCUGCUAUAAGGAAAGAAGCCAAUGAGCUUCAACAUGCUCAUCAUCAUCGUGUUCUUCUCACCUCUUUCUUCCCUUCUUCCUCUUGCAGCUCUCAAGGUGCAUGCAGCAAGGGAUCGUUACAAGUGGUGCACAAGCACGGGCCAUGUUCAAAACCGAAGCAACACCCAUCGUCGUCGUCAUCAUCUUCGUUCACUAUGCCGCACUGUGAAAUCCUUAAGCAAGACGUAGAGAGGGAACUACUUCGUCACAGUGGCGCUGGGAAUCCCCAAGAGAGAUCUUGUUCCCAGCUUUCCUCUUCUACAGCAAGGAAAAGACUGACCAUAUCUCCCGACGACAUCAUCGACGACUUCCUCUUGGGCUGCUGCCAGAACAACCAAGGUCACUUCAGAGGCACCGCCGGCAACAAACCUCCCAAAAGUACCGGAGAAUCUUUUCCUACUGGCUCCCCUCCAUCCCCAUUUACGCCUGCUACCUUGAGUUCGGCCCCGGAUACUCCCACCCCGACGUCAAAUACACUCUAUUCUCGUCCAUCUUCAAGAACUCCACUUAGCUCUCUCUUUCCUUCUUCCGCAUGCAGCUCUCCUCCGCAAGGUGCAAGCAGGAAGGGAUAUUUGGAAGUAGUACACAAGCACGGCCCAUGUUCAGAACCGAAGCAACAAACAUCAUCAUCUUCAUUUAUUAUACCGCACAGAGAAAUCCUGAUGCGAGACCAAGCGAGGGCUAGGUCAAUCCACUCUAAGCUUUACAGGAGACACAACUAUAAUGAAGUAGCAAAAGUAGAUGUUAGUUCAAAUCGCAGGUUGGACCGGGUUCAGCUUCCGGCCAAGUCCGGCGUCCUUCUCGGGACCGGGAACUACUUUGUCACGGUGGGGCUGGGAAGCCCCAAGAGAGAUCUGUCUCUGGACUUCGACACAGGCAGUGACCUAACUUGGACUCAGUGUGAGCCCUGUCUUGGUUCUUGCUAUUCCCAGAAACAACCAGUCUUUGACCCUUCUCACUCUUCUUCUUACUCCGAUGUCUCUUGCUCAUCUUCUCAGUGCUCCCAGCUUCUCUCUGCCACUGGAUUUUUUCCAUUAUGUAAUACAACAACAAGGGCUUGCAUGUACGGUCUUAUCUAUGCUGACGAAUCCACCUCCAUUGGCUUCUUCGCUAAGGAAAAACUAACCAUAUCUCCGACCGAUGUCUUCGACGACUUCCUUUUUGGCUGCGGCCAGAACAACACAGGUCUCUUCGGCGGCACCGCUGGGUUGCUCGGUCUCGGUCGCGAUCCGCUCUCCUUCGUCCAACAAACCGCGCAUAAGUACCACAGAAUCUUUUCCUAUUGUCUUCCGUCGACUCCAAGUGCCGUCGGCUACCUCAACUUUGGCCCCAGUCAUAGGUACUCCUACGGCGACGUCAAAUACACUCCGUUCUCCUCCAUCUUCAAGAACUCCUCCUUCUACGGCCUUGACUUCGUCGGAAUAUCUCUCGGUGGCGUCAAUAUCCCGAUCUCUGCCUCCUCCGGCACGGUUAUUGACUCUGGUAGUGAAGUCACCUGGCUCCCUCCGGCGGCGUACAGUUCCCUGAGAGACGAGUUUCAGAGACAGAUGUGGAGGUACCCGAAGGCGGAUCCGGUUGAAGUACUGGACACGUGCUACAAUCUGCGUGGGUACGAAGUUGUUCACUUGCCGAAGGUUUCAUUGACGUUUGGAGGUGGGGUGAACGUGACGUUGGACGCAUCGGGGAUUCUGUAUGUUGUGAGCAAAGAACAGGCGUGUUUAGGGUUUGCUGCGAAUAAAGUUGAUGGCGAUGAAGGUGAUGAUGUGGUUAUUAUUGGCAAUACACAGCAGAAAACACUGGAGGUAGUGUACGAUGUUGAUGGUGAAAGGAUUGGGUUUAGAUCUCACGGCUGCAAAUGAUAGAUUCUUAAAUUUAUUAGUGUUAUUAUGAUGUCAACAAAAAUCAAUAAAUCCAAGUAGCUUAUAAGUUGAUAUAUUAUAAGCAUGAGUAAGGUAAGGAUAUGCUUAUAUCUGUCUACUUAUAUAUUUAAAGUGAUCUAAUUCAUGAGUUUGCCAGGUAAAGCAAGAGACUUUUAGACGUUGGUUGUUAGGGCUUAUAUUGU